AUGACAAUCCACAAACACAACCCCUGGCUUACGCGGCCCCAAAUCUCCGGCCUCAUCCCGCUUCCCGAUCGCGGCUUGUCGCUCUUCACGUCAUCCUCCGGGCCCGCACGCAAGCCAGGUGAACCAGUGGUCAUAUUCUUCACCGGCGCUGGCGCUCCAUGUAUCAGUUACGUCAAAGUCCAGGAGCAUCUCGCCCGGUUCGUGCGGACAUUGUUCUUCGACCGCGCUGGUUACGAUCGAAGCACUCUUCCCCGCCACGAUGGGCCGCUGCUGGCCGAGGACGGCGCCGGAGAUCUCGAUGCCCUUUUGCGGACCAUAGGCGUGGACCCGCCGUAUAUAUUGGUGGGGCAUUCGUUCGGCGGGAUACCGGCCAGGGAGUUUAUGCACUUACAACUAGGAUCGCGCAAGCACCAGGCUGAAGAAGGUGAAGGUGUGUUAAGAGUCACGGACGUGAUCGCGGGAAUCGUUUUGUACGACACGGCGACGGAACUGGUGCUCGGUUUCUACCCACGUGUCCCCUCCAGCGAGCUGGUCGAAAUAUCCAAGGACGUCGAUUGGGAGGGGGUGACCCAUCUGCGCGAAGAAUCGGGCUUGAGCGAUGAGCAGUGGCAGUCUAUCAUCGAGGCCGUCGAGCGGACGGGACCCCGCGGCGCGAAGAGGGAGGAUACGCAUGUCAGUGCGCGUGCGCUGGCGUUGAAGCGCCAGCUCGAACGGCAUGCUUACAGGGGCGGUAUCUUGAGCGUGGUCAGGUGUAACAGUACCAUGGACUACCAGAGGAUGUACGAUGAGGGUGUCAAGUUGGGAGCAGGCACGCAGGAGGAGAGAAGGCUGGCCAGGAGGUUCAUCGAGGAUUGGGGCUUGUACAAUUACGAAAUGGUGAGGGCCCAGUUGGAUCUGGUGGUGCGUGAUGAUGAGGAGGAUGCAUGCCAUGCACAGUAUGUCUAUCAUGGGAGCUGGGGGCAUGAUAGUCCAUUGCGGAAGAGGGAGUUGAUGGGUGACCCGGUCCGGUGGGUGCUGGAGGAGUGGCAGAAGAUGAAGAACGAGUAGGUCAUGAGCGAUGGUGAUGGUACCUGGAAGCCUUACGCACAGAGACUGCGAGGUACUGGC